AUGCCUGUAGGAGCAAGGAUUAAGACAUGGAAUUCUGCAGAGUAUUUUGAUGGUCUAAGUCUAGUAUUUACGUAUCCAGCAGAAGCAGUUAGCUAUACAGUUAAUUUAAUCAAUCACCAACACGAGUUAAUAGUAUUUAGUUUUAUGACUAUUUCUGAAAUAGAGGAGUGGGAAACUGUAGAAUUAUCCAAAAAUUAUGAGGGAAAUUUUUUUAGAAUAUUAUCAUCCUUAAGCGAGAAAGAAGAGAUAGAAGUCAUGAUUAGUCCACUUGAUAAAGUGACUACUAUUUUAACUCCUAGACAUAAAUCAAAAUUAGUUAAAGAACUAAAAGAAGCUAUGGAGCAUUGGGAAAUAUCUUCGGAAAAAGUAAUUGAUAUUUGGGAGUUUUUCACCUUUGGACCAGAGGUAGCUAGGUCAGGAUUAAUAAGAAAAGCAGAGCAUCGAGGAGAAGAGCCGGAAGUAGCCCUUUUUAAUCAUCAAUUUUUAAAUCAAAAUAUUUUAGAAGUAAUUCAUGCGGAUCACUUAGGAGAUAGGGCUGUGGCAAAAGAUCCUUUAUGGAAUAAUUAUUAUGAGUAUCUUUUAACUCAUAUUGAUCAAGCAGAUAAAAUAAUUGUAUCAACUGAUUUACAAAGAGAAGAUUUCAUAAAAGAUUUCCCAGGGAUGGAAGACAAAUUUGUUACUAUUCCUGUUGGGGGAAUUCGAGACAAAAGAAAGUCAUCGAGUGAUUCAUCAAAUACAGAAAGACCUUUAAAAUUUAUGACUGCUUCCAGGUUAGCAAGUGAAAAGCAUAUUGAUUUAGCAAUUCGUGCAUUUUCUGAGAUUCAUGGAGAGUACCCUGAAAUAAUUUUUGAUAUAUAUGGUCAAGGCGUAGAAGAAGCGAAACUCCAAAAUGUUAUUAAUGAGCUUGAAGCUAACGACUAUAUUCAUCUUAAAGGACACUCUAAUAAUUUAGAAGACAUUUAUAAACAAUAUGACGCCUUCAUAUCCGCUUCAUAUUCAGAAGGAUUUGGAUUGACUUAUAUUGAAGCUUUGAAUGCUGGACUUCCUAUUAUAACGUUUAAAGCUCGUUUUGGAGCGCUUGAACUUAUAACAGAUGGAGUAAAUGGCUACUUAAAAGAUUUUAAGAGAGGGGAUGAGAGCUUUAAUAUUGCUCAGCUAAAGCAAGGGAUUUAUCAAAUGAUCAAAGUCACACUUAUUAGGAGAGGAAAUCCCGAAUGGGAAGGAAUCGCUGAAAGAUUACAUUGUGAAGCUGAAAAAUUAAUAAGUGUUUUGCCUAGUCCAGAAUUUUCAAAGUCUAUAGAAGAUUUAAAAAUCGAAGGAAUCAAUCUUUUUGAUUACUUAACCAGAAGAAGUUAUGACUUAUCACAGUCCCUAUUUUUUAACAGAGCGCCAGUUCCAAGUUUUUCUGAAAUUUUUAUGAAUGAAGAUUACUCUAUUUCAAUCAUUCAUGAAGGUCAAGAGAUUGGAAUAAUGGAAUUAUUUCAAAAUACAAGACGACUUGUUAAAAAUAUACAAUACCUUCAUGAAAAUGGAGAGAAGGACUAUAUUGAAGAAUAUGCCAUUGAUGGGAGAUUGGAGUACGUCAGUUUGAAUGAUCAACACACGGGAGAAGUAAAAGAAGGUUUCAAAUCUCUAGAUUCUUUUAUCUCUGAGCAAGUAGCAAAAAUAAUCACUUCAAUAGAUCAGGUGAGAAUUUCUUUCUUAGGCCUAGAAUUAACUGCACUAUCUAAAACUAAUUCUCAUAAUAUUCUUCGUCUAAAUGAAUCUCCUUUGAUGAAAAUGGAGAAGUUAAAGGCCGAAUCUAGGGAUGCAGUUACUAAACCCAAAAGUGAUAUUACGAAAAUAGCACAGCAGUUAGGAUAUGAAAAAAUUAGUAUCCGAAUGCAAGAUACACGAAUAAUGUCGGAUGGAAUUCUGGACGCAUUACUAAAUGGGGUAUUAUCUGAAAUUGAAAAUGGAGAUGUUAUUCUUUAUCAAUUCCCUACGCUAUUGGGAGUUAGAUUUGAAGAAACAUUUAUGGAUAAGCUUAAAACUAUUGGAGCUAAGGUAAUUGUGCUUAUGCAUGAUUCAGAGUGGUUAAGGGGUUUUUUCCCAAAUGAAAACAUCUUUUUAAACAAUGCAGAUGUGGUUAUAGGUCAUGGGGCAAAGAUGAAUGAUGCGCUUAGAGAAUAUGGUGUGCAAACAAAAAUAAUUUGUAAAGAACUUUUUGACUAUCUCCAUACGGAUACUUUGCCAAUUAAUAGUGAAAUUGAGAAAAAAGUAACUAUUGCUGGUAAUUUAGAUAAAUCGAUUUUUAUAGAAAACUGGCCAAUGAAUAUGCCAGAACUACAUGCUUUUGGGCGUAAAACAAAGGAAAUAUUUGGUGUCAAUGUAAUAUAUCAUGGUUCGUUUAGCUCUCAAGAUUUACUAAAAAAUAUUUCAGGAGAUUCUUUUGGUAUUGCGUGGGAUGAUAAUCUUCCAGGAGGUGGGGACUAUCAAGGGUAUACAAGGUUUAAUAGUCCUCAUAAAGUUUCAUUAUAUCUUAGUCUGGGGAUGCCGGUAAUUGUUUGGGAAGAAGCAGCCAUUGCUCAUUUUAUUGAUUCACAUCAUCUUGGAUUUACGAUAAGUGACCCUUAUGAAAUAAAAGAAAAGCUCGAUAAAAUGAGUGAUAAUCAACUACAACUGUUUAAGUCAAAUGCUAGAAAUAUGGCUAAUAUUUUGAGAAAUGGUGGAUUCACACGAGAUGCAGUAAUUAAAGCAGAAUCAAUUAUUUUCGGAGUUGAUGCACUUUCCACUGUUAGUGUUUUAGGUGGUGGAGCAGUGGCAGGAGUUGCGGUAGCUACUCAAACUGAGUCAGUAUCAGCAAAUACUUCAGGGGCGACGAUUCCGGCGGCAAAGGCGCUCGCAACCACUGCGGGGAGUACAAUAAAUAAAGUCGCAACUGAUCCGGAUAUUAAUAGAGGAGAUUUUGAGACAGGGCUUAAUACUACCCCUUCAUCACCCACAUCAGUUACUGUUGCAACUCCAGAUCAAGUUCUAAAUGACGCAACUUAUAAAUCUACGGCGAUUACAAAUGGUACAUAUGCAAAUGUAACAACAUAUGCACAAUUACAAAGUGCUUGGGCAAAUGCCAAUAUUACCUAUAUUGAUAUUACUGCUAAUGUUACUUAUCCUACUUCCGGUGGGACAGCUAUGACUAACCGGGCAAAUGGUGCAAGUGUUAUUGUACAAGGAAAUAACAAUACGGUAGAUCUUGGAACACAAAGUUUUGACUGGGCAAAUAUUACAACUUCAACCACUUUUACUUUGAGUAAUAUGGUAGCACAACAAGGCUUUGCUGCAAACGAUGGGAACGGCUACUCACUUAUUAGUCCUUCUGGUGCCACUCAGUUAACAGCAAAUGUAAACAAUCUGACACUGACAAAGAGCACUUCAAAUGGAAAUAAUCCUAUCCAUUUAAUGUAUGGAGUUGGUUCUAAAUUAGUUUUCUCUGGUACAAAUACAUUUAAUAUUUCGAAUGAGGUAACGCGUUCGGUAGGUAGUAUUAAUUUUGCGAAUAAUUCGAGUGUGGUUCUAAAUCGUACUUCAAAUGAUGUCCGAUUUUCGGAGUUCUACUUUGAAACUGUUGCGUCAUCUAGCAGUGUAGGUUACGGGAAUACUAUUACAAUGGGAGAUGGCUCUUCUAAUACUGCUAAUACUUAUAAUGGGCAGGCUGCUAACUAUCCGGCCGCAUAUUAUUAUGUUAAUGGAAUUACAACGGGGGAUAAUGUUCAAUGGUCGCAAACAGGUUUCCAGUACUUUAUUAAUGGACAACAGGGUGCUGCAGCCACAGCAAAAUAUACUUUUGGACAAAAUUUUAACCUCUCGAUACCUAAAUCAACUCAACCAGGGGCUAUUAGAGUACAAGGGACUCAAAGCGUACUCUUUAAUGCUGCUACAACGUUAGACAUCAAUCAGUGGGCUAAUGGAGCAGUUAUACAGACAAAUAGUGCUGGUUCAAGUGUUACCUUUAUUUCUCCUAAAUCAUUGCAUAUGGCUGUUGAUACUGCUACAGGUACUCCAAGUACAGGGCCACUCGUAAGUGGGGCUGGGAAAUUUACGAUGAAUAAUUCCAGUAUUAACACAUGGCAAGGAACCAAUGCUAGCCCAGCAACACCUGAUGCAACAGGUACAUUUGGUAAUUUAACUGUUCAAAACGGAACAACUUCGGUUACUGGUGGUACUGCAACAUCUAGUAUUAUUAAUACUAGCACACGAGAGCUGCAAACUAAUGCUCUACCUGUUGGAGAUAUAAAAAUUAAUUAUGUCAAUCAAAAUGGUGAUACUGUAGGCACUACGAGUGUUCCGUUAAGUGAUGACUCAAAUUAUAUCGGUCAAAACAUUAGUCUAGUUAACACAACUUAUGCGGUUGACAAUAUGCCUUCAGGUUAUAUGUGGGCUUUAGGAGGAAGUACUGAUAAUCAGAUUUAUUCAGGUGCACCUACAGGAACUAACGGGCAACCUGGAGGUGACCCAACAAGUUCUAUAGAUAACGGAGAUCAGUACGGGCAAGCGAACUACGCCAAUGUUCCUAUGACGGGCGAAACUUACACAUAUAAUAUCUAUGUUUAUGGUCAAUCAAACCCUAAUAUUUCAUAUACAUAUGUAGAUGCUCAAACUGGAUUAGCAGUUGCAACUGACUCAGGAAAUGUUGGAAGCGAAAUGGCAGGUACAACUAAUGUCCCAGCUAAUGUAGGAAACACGAUUGAUUGGAGCAGCAAUCUUUAUACUCAAACCAAUGUACCAACUGGAUAUGUAUACAUUCAGCCCGGAUCUGAUAUGCUUCCAUCAAAUACAAACCAACCUACAACUACUGUAGUCGCAGAUACAACAUCAACAACAAAUGUAUCAAUUUACGUUUAUAGUCCUGAGGGAAGUACUUCUAUGUCAACGAGUACUUCUACAUCAACAAGUUCAUCAAUAAGUACUUCAACUUCACUGAGUACGAGUGUAUCAAUAAGUGACUCUUUAAAUAGUAAUACAACAUCAGAAAGUAUUAGCCAAUCAAUAAGCACUUCUAUCUCAUCAAGUAGUUCAUUAUCAGAUUCAAUCAGUGAUUCCGAUUCAAUGAGCACUAGCAUUAGUGAUUCAAGCUCACUAUCAGAUUCCAUUAGUGGUUCAACUUCAAUUAGUGAUUCAGACUCAAUGAGUGAAAGUAUCAGUGAUUCAAGUUCAUUAUCAAAUUCCAUUAGUGAUUCCGAUUCAUUGAGUAAUAGCAUUAGUGAUUCAAACUCAUUAUCAAUUUCAAUCAGUGAUUCAGACUCAAUGAGUGAAAGCAUCAGUGAUUCAAGUUCAUUAUCAAAUUCCAUUAGUGAUUCCGAUUCAUUGAGUAAUAGCAUUAGUGAUUCAAACUCAUUAUCAAUUUCAAUCAGUGAUUCAGACUCAAUGAGUGAAAGCAUCAGUGAUUCAAGUUCAUUAUCAAAUUCCAUUAGUGAUUCCGAUUCAUUGAGUAAUAGCAUUAGUGAUUCAAACUCAUUAUCAAUUUCAAUCAGUGAUUCAGACUCAAUGAGUGAAAGCAUCAGUGAUUCAAGUUCAUUAUCAAAUUCCAUUAGUGAUUCCGAUUCAUUGAGUAAUAGCAUUAGUGAUUCAAACUCAAUCAGUGAUUCCGAUUCAUUGUCUACGUCAAUCAGUGAUUCAAACUCAAUCAGUGAUUCCGAUUCAAUGUCUACGUCAAUCAGUGAUUCAAACUCAUUAAGUACUUCCGAUUCAUUGUCUACGUCAAUCAGUGACUCAAACUCAUUAAGUACUUCCGAUUCAUUGUCUACGUCAAUCAGUGAUUCAAACUCAAUCAGUGAUUCCGAUUCAUUGUCUACGUCAAUCAGUGAUUCAAACUCAUUAAGUACUUCCGAUUCAUUGUCUACGUCAAUCAGUGAUUCAAACUCAAUCAGUGAUUCCGAUUCAAUGUCUACGUCAAUCAGUGAUUCAAACUCAUUAAGUACUUCCGAUUCAAUGUCUACGUCAAUCAGUGAUUCAAACUCAUUAAGUACUUCAGAUUCAUUGUCUACGUCAAUCAGUGACUCAAACUCAUUAAGUACUUCAGAUUCAUUGUCUACGUCAAUCAGUGACUCAAACUCAUUAAGUACUUCCGAUUCAUUGUCUACGUCAAUCAGUGACUCAAACUCAUUGAGCACAAGCACAUCAUUGAGUGAUUCAGGUUCAGUGUCUGAUUCAAACUCAUUAAGUACUUCAGACUCAUCAAGCUUGUCUACAUCAAUCAGUGACUCAAACUCAUUAAGUACUUCCGAUUCAUUGUCUACGUCAAUCAGUGACUCAAACUCAUUGAGCACAAGCACAUCAUUGAGUGAUUCAGGUUCAGUGUCUGAUUCAAACUCAUUAAGUACUUCAGACUCAUCAAGCUUGUCUACAUCAAUCAGUGAUUCGAACUCAUUGAGUACAAGCACAUCCUUGAGUGAUUCAGUUUCAGUGUCUGAUUCAAACUCAUUAAGUACUUCAGACUCAUCAAGUUUGUCUACAUCAAUCAGUGAUUCGAACUCAUUGAGUACAAGCACAUCAUUGAGCGGUUCAAGUUCAAUGUCUGCAUCAAUCAGUGAUUCAAACUCAUUGAGUACAAGCACAUCAUUGAGCGGUUCAAGUUCAUUGUCUGCAUCAAUCAGUGAUUCAAAUUCAUUGAGUACAAGCACAUCGUUGAGCGAUUCAGGUUCAAUGUCUGUUUCAACAAGUACCUCAACCUCAACAAGCAUUUCAGACUCAUCAAGUUUGUCUACAUCAAUCAGUGAUUCGAACUCAUUGAGUACAAGCACAUCGUUGAGUGAUUCAGGGUCAGUGUCUGAUUCAAACUCAUUAAGUAAUUCAGACUCAUCAAGCUUGUCUACAUCAAUCAGUGAUUCGAACUCAUUGAGUACAAGCACAUCGUUGAGCGAUUCAGGUUCAAUGUCUGUUUCAACAAGUACCUCAACCUCAACAAGCAUUUCAGACUCAUCAAGUUUGUCUACAUCAAUCAGUGAUUCGAACUCAUUGAGUACAAGCACAUCAUUGAGCGGUUCAAGUUCAAUGUCUGCAUCAAUCAGUGAUUCAAACUCAUUGAGUACAAGCACAUCGUUGAGCGAUUCAGGUUCAAUGUCUACGUCAAUCAGUGAUUCAAACUCAUUGAGUACAAGCACAUCGUUGAGUGAUUCAAGUUCGAUGUCUACAUCAAUCAGUGAUUCAAACUCAUUGAGUACAAGCACAUCGUUGAGCGAUUCAGGUUCAGUGUCUGUUUCAACAAGUACCUCAACCUCAACAAGCAUUUCAGACUCAUCAAGUUUGUCUGCAUCAAUCAGUGAUUCAAACUCAUUGAGUACAAGCACAUCGUUGAGUGAUUCAGGGUCAGUGUCUGAUUCAAACUCAUUAAGUACUUCAGACUCAUCAAGCUUGUCUACAUCAAUCAGUGAUUCGAACUCAUUGAGUACAAGCACAUCGUUGAGUGAUUCAGGGUCAGUGUCUGUUUCAACAAGUACCUCAACCUCAACAAGCAUUUCAGACUCAUCAAGUUUGUCUACAUCAAUCAGUGAUUCGAACUCAUUGAGUACAAGCACAUCAUUGAGCGGUUCAAGUUCAAUGUCUGCAUCAAUCAGUGAUUCAAACUCAUUGAGUACAAGCACAUCGUUGAGCGAUUCAGGUUCAAUGUCUACGUCAAUCAGUGAUUCAAACUCAUUGAGUACAAGCACAUCGUUGAGUGAUUCAGGUUCAAUGUCUGUUUCAACAAGUACCUCAACCUCAACAAGCAUUUCAGACUCAUCAAGUUUGUCUACAUCAAUCAGUGAUUCAAACUCAUUGAGUACAAGCACAUCAUUGAGCGGUUCAAGUUCAAUGUCUGCAUCAAUCAGUGAUUCAAACUCAUUGAGCACAAGCACAUCGUUGAGUGAUUCAGGCUCAGUGUCUGAUUCAAACUCAUUGAGUACAAGCACAUCAUUGAGCGGUUCAAGUUCAAUGUCUGCAUCAAUCAGUGAUUCAAAUUCAUUGAGUACAAGCACAUCGUUGAGCGAUUCAGGUUCAAUGUCUGUUUCAACAAGUACCUCAACCUCAACAAGCAUUUCAGACUCAUCAAGUUUGUCUGCAUCAAUCAGUGAUUCGAACUCAUUGAGUACAAGCACAUCAUUGAGCGAUUCAGGUUCAAUGUCUGUUUCAACAAGUACCUCAACCUCAACAAGCAUUUCAGACUCAUCAAGUUUGUCUACAUCAAUCAGUGAUUCAAACUCAUUGAGCACAAGUACAUCAUUGAGUGAUUCAGGUUCAAUGUCUGCGUCAAUCAGUGAUUCAAACUCAUUGAGCACAAGCACAUCGUUGAGUGAUUCAGGCUCAAUGUCUGUUUCAAACUCAUUAAGUACCUCAGACUCAUCAAGCUUGUCUACAUCAAUCAGUGAUUCGAACUCAUUGAGUACAAGCACAUCGUUGAGUGAUUCAAGUUCGAUGUCUACGUCAAUCAGUGAUUCAAACUCAUUGAGCACAAGCACAUCGUUGAGUGAUUCAAGUUCGAUGUCUACGUCAAUCAGUGAUUCAAACUCAUUGAGCACAAGUACAUCAUUGAGUGAUUCAGGUUCAAUGUCUACAUCAAUCAGUGAUUCAAACUCAUUGAGCACAAGCACAUCGUUGAGUGAUUCAAGUUCGAUGUCUACGUCAAUCAGUGAUUCAAACUCAUUGAGCACAAGUACAUCAUUGAGUGAUUCAGGUUCAAUGUCUGCGUCAAUCAGUGAUUCGAACUCAUUGAGCACAAGCACAUCAUUGAGUGAUUCGGGUUCGAUGUCUACAUCAAUCAGUGAUUCAAACUCAUUAAGUACCUCAGACUCAUCAAGCUUGUCUACAUCAAUCAGUGAUUCGAACUCAUUGAGUACAAGCACAUCGUUGAGUGAUUCGGGUUCGAUGUCUACAUCAAUCAGUGAUUCAAACUCAUUGAGCACAAGCACAUCGUUGAGUGAUUCAAGUUCGAUGUCUACGUCAAUCAGUGAUUCAAACUCAUUGAGCACAAGUACAUCAUUGAGUGAUUCAGGUUCAAUGUCUACAUCAAUCAGUGAUUCAAACUCAUUAAGUACCUCAGACUCAUCAAGCUUGUCUACAUCAAUCAGUGAUUCAAACUCCUUGAGUACAAGCACAUCGUUGAGUGAUUCAAGUUCGAUGUCUACGUCAAUCAGUGAUUCAAACUCAUUGAGCACAAGUACAUCAUUGAGUGAUUCAGGUUCAAUGUCUGCGUCAAUCAGUGAUUCGAACUCAUUGAGCACAAGCACAUCAUUGAGUGAUUCGGGUUCGAUGUCUACAUCAAUCAGUGAUUCAAACUCAUUGAGCACAAGCACAUCAUUGAGUGAUUCAGGCUCAAUGUCUGUUUCAAACUCAUUAAGUACCUCAGACUCAUCAAGCUUGUCUACAUCAAUCAGUGAUUCAAACUCAUUAAGUACCUCAGACUCAUCAAGCUUGUCUACAUCAAUCAGUGAUUCGAACUCAUUGAGUACAAGCACAUCGUUGAGUGAUUCAAGUUCGAUGUCUACGUCAAUCAGUGAUUCAAACUCAUUGAGCACAAGCACAUCAUUGAGUGAUUCAAGUUCGAUGUCUACGUCAAUCAGUGAUUCAAGCUCAUUGAGUACAAGCACAUCAUUGAGUGAUUCAGGCUCAAUGUCUGUUUCAAACUCAUUAAGUACCUCAGACUCAUCAAGCUUGUCUACAUCAAUCAGUGAUUCGAACUCCUUGAGUACAAGCACAUCGUUGAGUGAUUCAAGUUCGAUGUCUACGUCAAUCAGUGAUUCAAACUCAUUGAGCACAAGCACAUCAUUGAGUGAUUCAAGUUCAAUGUCUGCAUCAAUCAGUGAUUCAAGCUCAUUGAGCACAAGCACAUCAUUGAGUGAUUCAGGUUCAAUGUCUGCGUCAAUCAGUGAUUCAAACUCAUUGAGCACAAGCACAUCAUUGAGUGAUUCAGGCUCAAUGUCUGUUUCAAACUCAUUAAGUACCUCAGACUCAUCAAGCUUGUCUACAUCAAUGAGUGAUUCGAACUCAUUGAGCACAAGCACAUCAUUGAGUGAUUCAGGUUCAAUGUCUGUUUCAAACUCAUUAAGUACCUCAGACUCAUCAAGCUUGUCUACAUCAAUGAGUGAUUCGAACUCAUUGAGCACAAGUACAUCAUUGAGUGAUUCAAGUUCAAUGUCUGCAUCAAUGAGUGAUUCAAACUCAUUAAGUACCUCAGACUCAUCAAGCUUGUCUACGUCAAUGAGUGAUUCGAACUCAUUGAGCACAAGCACAUCAUUGAGUGAUUCAAGUUCAAUGUCUGCAUCAAUCAGUGAUUCAAAUUCAUUGAGUACAAGCACAUCGUUGAGUGAUUCAGGUUCAAUGUCUGAUUCAAACUCAUUAAGUACUUCAGAUUCAUCAAGCUUGUCUACAUCAAUCAGUGAUUCAAACUCAUUGAGCACAAGUACAUCAUUGAGUGAUUCAGGUUCAAUGUCUGUUUCAAACUCAUUAAGUACUUCAGAUUCAUCAAGCUUGUCUACGUCAAUGAGUGAUUCGAAUUCAUUGAGUACAAGCACAUCGUUGAGUGAUUCAAACUCAUUAAGCACAAGCACUCCACCAAGUGUCUCUACUACAAAUAGUAAUGCAAGUAAUUUGCCAGGAAACAGUAGUUCUGUAAACAAUGGUGGAACAGGGUACUUACCUAAGACAGGAUCGUCUGAUGGGUCAGUUGCUAGCUCUAUAGGUCUUGCAACACUCUUUGGAGGUAUUGGUGCAGCAUUGUUCGGAAAGAGAAGAAAAGAGAACAAAGAAAAUAAAUAG